GGGACGCGCUUUCUCGGCUCUCUCGAACACGUAAGUGGCAUGCCGUUUGAAACGAAGCUAUUGAGGAGGUACACGAAGCAACUUUGCUUAGAUUUGUCUGUAUAACAAAACCCUAAAAAUACCAUUUGAAAAGGUGAAACAAAACCCUAAAAAUAGGAAGUCCAGUACACAAUAAAUUUAAAAGAGACUUCAAAAGGAAAAGAUUUUUUUCUUCAUCAGCCAGGUAUCAUCUUGAUCCCUCCAGAUCUCCUACUUUCAAUAGGUAAUUUGCUAUAAAUAUUUUCCGAUCAUCUUUGUCUUGGCGAUAUUUCUCUAUUUAAGCAAUAGUCAAUUCGUUUUGAGAACAAUAAAUAAUAUCUUUGCUUGAUUUGAAAGUAUCUCAUAGUGGCAUACAUAUAAAAUCUUAGAUUGAGAUUUGUGUACUAUAUGAGAAGAUGAAGUUUGGAGAGACGUUCACCGAAUAUCUACAGGGAGAAGAGGAGUGGUUCCUAGAAAAAUGUCGUCAUGUUGAAUAUAAGAAACUCAAGAAAGUGCUAAAGAAAUGCAAGACUACAUGUAACUCCACAAGAUCGGAUGAUGAACAACACAUCAUCUCAUCAGCUACUUUGUCUGAUUCAUGCCAAUGCCAAUCUUGCCCUUGUUGUGAUGAGAUGUUCUUCAAGGAGCUGAUGAAGGAGGCUUCUGACAUAGCAGGAUUCUUCAAGUCAAGAGUUAGGCAUCUUCUCCAUCUUCAUGUAGCCACUGGGAUGCAAAGAUACAUAAUGCGUCUACGCAGAUGCUUCACGGAUGAAAAACAAGCUUUAAUCCAUGAGGGUCAAAUCUUGAUCCAAUACAUAACAAUGAAUGCUAUUGCCAUCCGUAAAAUCCUAAAGAAAUAUGACAAGGUGCAUGGCUCAGACAAUGGUAAGAAUUUCAAGUUGAAAAUGCGAGCAGAGCGUAUAGAGCUCUUGCACUCACCUUGGCUCAUAGAACUUGGAGCCUUUUAUCUUAACUCUGGGCUUGACAAAGUUGGAAACUUUAAGAACUCUUUUGGCCGCGUCUCAUGUGAAAAUCUCAACGAAGAUCAGCCAGUGAUGAAACUCAUGCUGCCUAACACAACAGAGCUCGAGUUUGAUCUAACUUGCGCAAUCUGCCUGGAAACGGUAUUCAAUCCCUACGCUUUAAAAUGUGGUCACAUAUUUUGUAAAGCGUGUGCAUGCUCGGCUGCUUCUGUAAUGAUUUUCCAAGGCGUUAAAGCAGCACCGCAAUGUUCUAAAUGUCCCAUAUGUAGAGAGGUUGGAGUUUAUGCGGAAGCAGUUCACAUGAUCGAGCUCCACCUUCUGUUAAAGAUACGAUGCAGAGAGUAUUGGAAGGAGAGGAUAAUGGGAGAACGGUCUGAGAUGGUGAAGCAGUCUAAAAUGUUUUGGAACGAACAGACGAUUCAGAUGAUCGGUUACUAGUCAUUUACUUCUUCAAUCAUCAUAACUUAUUUAAAUUAAAACAAAAGUAAUGAGAAAAAACAACUUUUUUUUGGUAAAAACAACUAUUUGUUUCUCAAAAACAAACUAUUUGUAAUUCUGCCAUUUCCCAUACAUUAUAAAUAAAUACAGCACUAGUUAAUA